CAGAUCCACUAAUUGCGUGAAUGUUAAAAGGCGCCUAAAGAAAGCGCGUGGAGUUCCCUUCGCACCACCUGAAUGUGUGUGUUUGUUUUUUUCCUUGCCCUAAUCGACUACGAUCAAGAGCUCCCUCUCUUACCGUGAAGCGCCGUGACCUUCUCUGAUAACUCACUAUAUCAAGCAUGUCCUUCCUCUUGAUCUCCCCCUCGACUCAGAUCACGAAUCACUUAACUCGUUUAGCGUUUUUCUGUCCGUAGAAAUAUUCCCCGUUCGUCUAGACUCGGUAACUCGAAUUGAAAUAUGGAGCCGAUGGAUAUCGUAGGCAAGUCAAAGGAGGACGCUUCGCUUCCUAAAGCAACUAUGACCAAAAUUAUAAAGGAGAUGUUACCCCCAGAUGUACGUGUUGCUAGAGAUGCUCAAGAUCUUUUGAUCGAGUGUUGCGUAGAGUUUAUUAAUCUUAUUUCAUCAGAGUCCAAUGAAGUUUGUAAUAAAGAGGAGAAACGAACAAUAGCACCUGAGCAUGUACUCAAGGCUUUAGAGGUUCUUGGGUUUGGAGAGUACAUUGAAGAGGUAUAUGCUGCGUAUGAGCAACACAAGAUUGAGACCAUGGACUCUUUGAAAGGUGGCAAGUGGAGCAAUGGAGCUGAGAUGACUGAGGAAGAAGCAGUGGCAGAGCAGCAGAGGAUGUUUGCUGAGGCGCGGGCGAGAAUGAAUGGUGGGGCGGUUGCCCCUAAGCAACCAGAUCCUGACCCAAGUUUAGAGAGCUAGCCUUUUAGGAGUUAGUUUCAUUUAUCAUAGGCAAGCACCCUUGAAUCUUCCGAUAGGGUUUCUAAGUUCUAAUCUCGUAUAUUAUGUACAAAAAUGCCAUUGGUUAGUGCAGCACUUGCCUAUGUGGAUAUUUGUACCCUUUUUAUCUAUGGAUGCUGUCUGUAACUUAAAAUGUAAUGUAAUUAGUGAGAGUUUGUUCAAUUCCAUGUGUCCAAACUUUUGAUGUGUAUAUUUAUCAAAUCAAAUCAAAUCAAAUCAAAUCAAAUGUUUAUGGGGA